AUGCCCACGUGGUGGGGUAAGAAAUCAACUAAGACCAAGGAGCUUCUUCAUCAAGAAGAGCCACGUGGCGGAAGCAGCAGUGGUGGAAGUAGCGGUGCUGGCGGCGGUGUCAUUAAUUUCAAUUUUAACAAGUCUCCGAUUAGAAACGCUACCAAUUAUAAAAACGGUUAUUAUAAACCCGAUAACCCUAGGAGUUUUGAAGAUGCUUCUAAUUUUAGAAAUUCUCCCAGAUCUAGUAGAGAUUUCACUCCUUCAACCACCACCGCUGCCGGCUCUUCUUCUUUUUGGGAUUCCGACGCCGGUGACAGGAUAGGCCUUCCUCUGCCUCGUCCUUCUGUUUCUUCUACACAAAGCUUGAGCAAUGAUCAGGGAAUUACUUUUGGAUCUGCUUCUGUUUCUGGCUCUAGCGUUAGCUCCAAUGGCUCUUGUGAUGAUCCUUCAGCUUUUAACUCUCAAAUUAAUAGCGUUAGGGGACAAUGUGAAACAAAGUUCAAUGUGACGUCUAAAAGCCCCGGACCUGGGUCAAGAGGACCUACCAGCCCAACAUCACCUCUUCAUCCAAGGUUGCAUGUUUUGAGUCUUGACUCGCCUACAGGAAGGCAAGAAGAUGGAAGGAGUGAGUGUCAUCCGUUGCCUCUUCCUCCAGGAUCUCCGACUAGUCCAUCUUCAGCUCUUCCCAACAACACGAGAACAAAUGGAAUAGCAGAAAAUUGUACCACUAACCGUAGCAGGUGGAAGAAAGGAAAGCUUCUAGGUCGGGGAACAUUUGGGCAUGUUUACCUGGGAUUCAAUAGUGAAAGCGGACAAUUGUGUGCAAUAAAAGAAGUCAGGGCUGUAUGUGAUGAUCAAACCUCAAAAGAGUGCCGCAAACAACUUAGUCAGGAGAUAAAUUUGCUGAGUCAGCUUUCACAUCCAAACAUUGUUCAAUACUAUGGAAGUGAUUUGGGAGAAGAAACACUUUCCAUUUAUUUGGAAUACGUUUCUGGAGGUUCUAUUCAUAAAUUACUUCAGGAAUAUGGGUCCUUCAAGGAGCCUGUUAUCCAAAAUUAUACAAGGCAGAUUGUCUCUGGACUUUCAUAUCUUCAUGGGAGAAAUACAGUGCAUAGGGAUAUCAAAGGGGCUAACAUACUAGUUGAUCCUAAUGGUGAAAUCAAGCUGGCAGACUUUGGAAUGGCUAAACAUAUAAAUUCUUCAUCCUCAAUGCUUUCUUUCAAAGGAAGUCCACAUUGGAUGGCGCCAGAGGUUGUAAUGAAUACAAAUGGCUAUAGUCUUCCAGUUGAUAUAUGGAGCUUGGGAUGCACAAUUCUUGAAAUGGCAACAUCAAAGCCUCCUUGGAGUCAGUAUGAAGGGGUAGCUGCAAUAUUUAAAAUUGGCAACAGCAAAGACAUGCCUGAAAUUCCUGAUCAUCUCUCAAAUGAUGCAAAGAAUUUCAUCAAGCUAUGCUUGCAUAGAGAUCCUGCAACUCGCCCUACAGCCCAUAUGUUACUUAAUCACCCUUUUAUUCGAGAUGAGUCAGCAACAAAAACUGCAAAUGUCAGAAUUACCAAGGAUGCUUUUCCCUACAUGUUUGAUGGAAGCCGGACGCCGCCAGCUUCAGAUCUUCAUUCCAAUAGAACUUGUAUUGCUUCUCACGAAGCAGAACAUACAACAAAACCAGUUGUUGCAGCUUCCCGAGCAAUAAGGAGCCCAAGAGACAACACAAGAAUGAUCACAUCCUUACCAGUAUCUCCGUGUUCAAGUCCAUUGCGACAGUCCGGUCCGGCACACAAGAGCUGUUUCCUUUCUCCUCCACAUCCAAAUUAUUCAAUGAUGGGACAUCAUACCCUUGCUUCAUAUGAAUCAUAUCCAAUGAGAUCAAAUGCCAAGUUUACUCUUGAUCCUUGGCAUGAAAUACCUAUGCACAAAGCCCACACACCCGGUGGAUCCCCAAGGAGACUUAUUUGA